AACAUCACACAAAAUCCUUGGGAGAAAAAAAAACUAGUAAGCAAAAAAAAAAACUUCGAAAGAAAGAAAAAGCAAAAAAUAUAAAAAUAAGCAAUGUUGGACGCCACUGUACCAGCUGGAAAUCAGCAGCUCCUCCGCCAUGACCGCCGUUCGAUGUUUUCGGACGACGUUGCGCUGAGGAAUCAAAUUCAGGCAACACAUGCUUACGAUGAGCGCUCGAUCGACACCGAAUCUAUUCUUCUCAUUGUUAAGGAUAUCUUCAAUCUUGUUUCCCCUGGAAUUGAUGGAAUUAUCAAUGGCUCGACUAAUCACGCCGGAAUCCACGACGAAACGACGGCACUGGUGGACUCUGAUGUCAUCCACGACACAUUAGCCUUUCUAGUGAACAAGAUUUCCAUUGAGCUGUCCUGCAAGUGCUCCGGCGGCGGCGACAACCACGCCUCGGCAGUGGAGAUCCUGAACGUCCUGUCCAGCUACACUUGGGACGCGAAAGCCGUGGUGGCCCUAGCCUCAUUCUCCGUCAACUACGGCCAGUUUUGGCUCGUUGCGAACCACUUCACGACUGAGCCGCUGGCCAAAUCACUGGCAGUGCUGAAGCUGUUGCCGGAGAUAAUUGAUCAUUCAGAUGUGAUGAAGUCCAGAUUCGAGACCAUCAACAGCCUUGUGAAGGUGUCGCUGGAGCUAACGAGGUGCAUUUCUGAGUUUCGUCGUCUGCCUUCGAAAUACAUAUCGGAUGAAGCAGAGCCGAUGGUAGUUGCUGCGAGUCAUGUCCCAAUUGCGGUGUAUUGGAUUGUGAGGAGCUUGAUUGCCUGUUCCUCUCAGGUUACUGAGAUUCUUGGCCUAAGUCAAACGGCAAGUUCGCAUACAGAGACAUGGGAGCUUUCAAGCUUAGCUCACAAGUUGACCAGUAUACUGGACAGUCUCAAAACACAACUCCAAAUCUGUCAUCGACAUAUAGAUGAGAAGAAACACGUGGAAUACUUCGAAUCAAUCGGGCAUCUAUUUGGGACGACUCCCCACAUCGACAACCAGAGGAUACUGAAGAAGAUUCUGUAUUUGAAGGAUGAUCCGCUCCCACUUGCAAUAGCCAACAACAAAACAACAAAGUUAGGGGUGGAAGCUCUAAAAGGAAAGACAGUGUUGUUGCUGAUAUCAGAUGAUGAAAUCUCCCAUGACGAGCUUCUCAUACUGGGGCAUAUGUAUAGAGAUUCAAGAACGAGGCAAGAGUUUGAGUACGAAAUAGUAUGGGUGCCCCUACUCGUGUUGGGAGAAAUGAAUAAAUUCGAGCAGCUGUUGUCGCGUAUGCCAUGGUACACGUUGCACGACCCCGCCUUGCUAGAGCCGGCCGUGGCAAGGUACAUUAGAGAGGUGUGGCGCUACACCAAGAAGCCGAUGCUGGUCGCAUUGGACCCGCAAGGCAAAAUGGUUAGCCCUAAUGCCAUCCAUAUGGUGUGGAUUUGGGGUAACAUGGCCUAUCCUUUCACUCAUAAACGUGAAUUGGACUUGUGGAAUCAUGAGGAAUGGAGGAUGCAGCUAGUGGUCAACGGCCUUGAUCCAACUCUAUUGAAAUGGAUCCAAGGUAAAAAGGUGAUAUGUUUAUAUGGUGGCGAGAAUUACGAGUGGAUCCGGGAGUUCAUCAAGACAGCAAGAGAAGUUGCCGCCGCUGCUCCGAUUGAGCUAGAGAUGGUGUACAUUGGUAGGGCUAAGAGCAGCGAGGAGCGCAUUAGAAGGCUCCACAACAUCGUGGCUGGCCGGAGUGAAAUAUGGGACGAUCCCACAUCCAUUUGGUAUUUUUGGAAGAGGCUCGAAAGCAUGAUGUACUCAAAGAUUCACCACGGUGCCAAAGUCGUCACAGAGGAAGCAACGGGAUCGACAGGCAAUCCCGUUGCUGGAGAUCACAUCCUUGGUGAGGUGCUCACCCUGCUCACCUUUGGUGGUAGUGAGCAGGGAUGGGCACUGUUCAGCCAAGGGGCGGGAUCAGGGCCCGGGCAGAUGGCUCGGGCUAAAGAUGACCCGAUGCUGAAAGCCCUAGUAGAAUUUGGGAAGUGGGCCGAAUUCGCUAGGCAGCCGGACGGAUUUGUGCCCGCGCUCAAUGAUUAUUUAGCCGGCCUUCACACGGCGGAGCACUGCAACCGGCUUAUUUUGCCGGGGGUCGAUGACAUUCCGGAGAUGGUCGUCUGCACGGAGUGUCACCGACCCAUGGAGAAGUACUACAUGUACCGUUGUUGCACGGAUUGAAAGUGUGAUUUCGACUGAAUUAAUUUGUUGCUAUAUACGUAGAUUGAUGCAUGUUGCUAAAGAAUAAGCAUAUAUUUUUUUUUUAAGUUUGCGUGGUGUAGAUUUUGCAAGAUUGUGGCUAUUAAGACUGGUGAUUGCAUCAGAACAGUUGAUUGAUUUUUCCUUUGUAUUUUGGUAUUGUUAUUGGAAAUUUGAGUGGCAUAUAUCAUAUUUACUUAUAAUUUCCACUA